UUCCGCAGGAAAGUCGAGCCAAAGAAGCUCGUGCAUCACCACUCGUUCGUGUUUGCGUGUCUACUGCUGUAGAAGCACAAGAGAGCUCAAAAUUUAAUGAGCCAGUAACAGGUUAUUCGUGUAGCAUUGUACGUGAGAUUUGUCAGCUCUGCACUCUACAGGCAAACCGUGAAAACUGACUUUUAGGUUGGUAGUGCCUGACACAAAAUUAUUAUUUUUAUAUUUAUUAUAAUUAGACAGGUAAGCUAUGGACCCAAAUACAACCCAAGAUAGCUUUUGUAAUAGACUACAAAAUUCGAAUACAGCCUUCUUAAGGCGUAGAGAAGGUGUCAUCCAGCUGGCUCAGAUCGCUUGUGGAUUCUUGGUUGUUAUUCUGCUAAUCUCUCAGCCACACUUCAGAGUCCAUGGUAUUUUAUGUUUAACAACAGAAGAACUGGUGUUGAUUUUGUUCGCCUUCUGGGCUACUUGGACUACCAGCUUAAUCGUCCUGGCCUCAGUCUUUUCAACUUAUAGCAGCGUAUUCUUUUUCAACUCUCUCUACGGGGUGAUGUACCAUGUUACUGCUGUUAUUCUUUACCAAGCUUCAACUAUAGCUAUUUUUAUUACAGAAGGUAAAAGCUACCAGAGAACUCAAGUGCUGGUUGCUGGUGUCUUUGGACAGUUUUCUUCAUUUUUAUAUUUCAUCAGUUCCUUCAUUUCCUUCCGUUCUCUUACGAACUAAUAAGUACCUGAUUUUAAAAACACGGACAUCUUAAACAUUGGGGUUUAAAACACUCAAAAUGACAGGUUUCUCAUACAAUUCUGUACGAAGGGAGGAAUGAAUUGUUUUAAAGAAUUUCGAUGUAAUACCAUUCCCAGUACUGAUGACUUAAUAUUUUUACUCUCAUGGCGGCCAAACAUUGUCAGUGCCCAAAAUAUCCGGGAAGUAGCUGUGAGUAAAUAUUGUUUUUUCAGAAGUUAUAUAUUUGGAAGUGAACUUUGCGUUUGCUGUUUUUCUCUUUUCUGCUUGUCUGAUGUGUUCUGAUUUUCAAUAGAAAAAAUAAACACAAUGAAGCUGUUAGUUUUUACUCCAUUUUAAUGUUAAUUUUUUAUAUGUAUAAAUACAAAAAAGAAAAAAAACAAUAAUUGACGCUA